AUGGCUUUAGCAUUACCUUUAAUUAUUAGUCUUUUGAUGGUGCAGACUACAAAUUCGCAAGCAGAUCAGUGUGAUUGUGAUAAUGAUUACAAUUCACCAUUUUGUGAUGGGAUUGAAAACAAAGAAAAAGAAUGUUUCGUGGAUGGUAAUAAAGAAAAAUUAUCAGCAAAAGGUACGCAUUGUGCAAAAAGCUGUGAAACAUGCUGUAAGCUGCCACGUUUUCAAUGUAACGAUCGUGGAGUGCGCUUAGAUUGUGAUAAAAUCAAAACAAGUGGCUUAUGUAAGACCAAAAAUGGAGUACUCCUAUCACUGUUCAGUGCAGAAUGUCCUAAAACAUGUGGUCUAUGUGGCCAAGAAUGUAUCGAUAGUAACACUGUAAUUUGUCGCAUUCUCAAAUCAAACUGUGAAAAUGAAGAAUCAAAAAGACUAUGUCCCAAAACGUGCAAUGUUUGUCGACCAAUAAAUAUUUGUUUCGACAUGACAGAAAAGUGUUCAUCACUGAAAAAUAAUUGCAAUGAUCCAAAGCUGAAGCCUCUAAUGCAAUUAUCAUGCAAUGAAACAUGCGGUUUCUGCCAUACCGAAUCCUCAACAGUAAAGCCGAACUGGAUUGAUCAUCAAUGUGUUGAUGCUGAUUCAAGAUGUGCUAUCUGGGCAGCUAAUGGAUUUUGUACAAAUUCAUUCUACAAGUCACUGGUUAAAAAUUGCCCGAAAUCAUGUCGUCUAUGUUGA